AUAUUUUUCUCAUCAAUUUUCUGGAGUAAUUUAUGAAAGUUCGUGGUGAACUUGCUUUGGUUUCUUUUUGACCCGGCUACGUCCAUGACUUUUGUUCGGGGGAUUGUGUGCGUUGAAUGUCCCGUUGAAAGCGCUGUAAUUUUUCCGUACACAAAAGGACCGGAAAUGUUUUAGCUCUCUGUCGAGUUUGUCAUCAGAUGUAUUCUCAUAAAUAUUCCUCAAAAUUUAGUUUUGAAUCGGAGGAACUGUGUGGUUUCGAAAACUAUUAAAACAGCGAAGAAGGCAAGCUUGCUUGCACCAUUUUGACAAUUCCGAACAACGUUGCUGCACCUGCCGCCCCAGCGACUUCUUCACUUCAGUACUUUCACGUCAGAAUGUCUAAAACGAACUUUUUUCGACUUACGUAAAUAUAUACCUCCACAGUCUCGUACGCGGGCAGUGUGCAAUUCUUUACAUUCUCCAUCAAAUUCUGAAACACUACCAUAGGACAAAGCCCGUAUACGAAGGUGCAGCUUACCGUACCGACAAAAGACUGAGUAGUUGAUUUUGGAUAGGAGGUCGGCAACAACAGGUUCGAUGAUGGCUGAUCAACAAUUCUUCUUAAAGUGGAACGAUUUUCAAACGAAUAUGGUCACCUCAUUCCGGCAUCUCCGGGAUGAGAAGAGUUUCACAGAUGUAACGCUAGCGUGCGAAGGACAAACAUGUAAAGCUCAUAAAAUGGUGUUAUCCGCGUGCAGUCCAUAUUUUAAAUCAUUGUUGGAGGAAAAUCCAUCAAAGCACCCAAUUAUAAUCCUAAAAGAUGUGUCCUACAUCCAUUUACAAGCAAUUCUAGAAUUUAUGUACGCUGGUGAAGUGAAUGUAUCGCAAGAACAAUUACCAGCAUUUUUGAAAACAGCAGAUCGAUUAAAAGUGAAAGGACUAGCUGAAACGCCAACCUCAAUCAAACGAGAGGGUUGAUGUUGGCAUAAAACAUUACUACGCCAGAACAUUUUUUAUAGAUAUCCACACCCACCAACAACAAAAACCGCAACAAUAACAACACCAUCAACCGCCACAGAAACAAAAAUCACGAAAGCAGCAUUAGUAAUGAUAAUAAAAUCAAUAUUGCUUCUUCUCGUUUGCAUUCGUCGGUUUCGUUUUCUGAUUAAAACUACGUUUUGCCUCUUAUUCUGUUGUUCUAACUUAAGCAGAACCGUAAAUCUAUUUCCAUUUUAUUAUUUUUGAUCGGCUUAUGAAGUUAGACCUAGCUACAGUUUAUUACGGAUAUCACAGAAUGAAUGUUUGAAUAGCAACAGAUAUUUAAGAGUAGCGCUGCUGAUAAUAGCCAAAUAAUGUAGACUUUUCAUAAAAUGUAUUGAUUUUUUAAAUGGUAUUAAGAUGAUUGGUACACGAAAAACAUACUAAAUAUAGAAUAAUCGGAGGGAACUUUUCAUUUUAGAUGCUAUAAUGUCACGGUACUUGGAAAAAAGUGAAUUUGUGAUUCAUUUACCUUCAGAAGAUAUGGUUUUUACUUCUCCGAGCCUUGUACUAUUGUAAUGUUCAUAUUUGUAAAAAUGACGACAGUAUAUUUUUAUAGAGAUAGUAACAAAUUGAAUAAAUGAAGGAAAUAUUUGCAAGCUUAAAUGUCCAUAUUACUGCAUAUAUGUGUUUCCAUCGGUAUAUAUGUCAAAUGAACAUAAAUUCUCACAAUUCUAGUACUUUCUUGGCUGAAACCAGCAUUGUUUAAUUAAAUCAAGUUUUGCAGAUAAUAGCAGCAAUAUCAUUCUGUUGAUCUUUAUUUUAGUUUGAGCUAAACUACCUAUUUGUGUGAAGCACUGUUCCACAUGCCCCCAUAAGUAACCAUAUAGCGAGUCAAAUGUUAAUUUUGAUGAAUUGUUUAGAAAAGAUUUCUAAAGGCUUGAUGGAGAAAUUUUCGGAGAUGUUUUAUUUUUUAGGUCUUUCCCGAACAACGAUGAUACAGUUGAAAGUAAUUGUAACUCGAUUAAAAAGUCUGAGUAAAUUAAUUUGGUGCAAAUAUUAAGCAGAAUAAACUUAUGAAUACGUACUAUUGCUAGCAAGGAAGCGGCUCCAUUUUAUGCGACAUCAUAGAAUAAUCUUUUUGGCCGCCCAUGGCUUUGCCAUGAGAAAAGCCGCUUGUUAUGAUAGGGAGAGAAAUUUUUGUAAUCCAAUUCAGAUAGACUUUUAGUUUGCUAGUCUCUAAAUCAGUCACAGAUAUCAUGAUACACAAUUGCCUGCGUACGGCUUCAAAUCUUGACUGCACACAAAAAAAAACCGGUGCAAAAUUGAAUACAAAA